AAAUAUCAUUUAUGAAACCUGAUAUAGCUAAACAGAGUUUAUGUGGGUUUUAUUAUGCAAGUACUUUAUAAUGUUCGCAUUUUUAAAGAUUUGGUAUAGUGUUCGCAGUUUUAAAAGGUUUGGUGAAGCAUAGAUAUAUAUCUAUGGGUGAAGUAAUGUUCAAUAAAUCAAUAACAAAAGAACAAUUCGAUUAUCUGUUAUUUCCCAUAAGUCCAAAUAUUUUGUAUGUAGAGAAUCGGAGAGAAUAUUUGUAGUAUAUGAAAAUCGAUGAAAUGUCAUGGAUUGAAAGAGAAGUCGGACGACUUACAUAAUUAUUAACAAACUAUCUGUCAGUUGUUACCAGCCGAAAACAUGGCUUCAACUUAUAAAAAACUGCGCAUUGCUUUUUUUCUGUUUUCUGCCAUUGGACUUAUUUUAUAUAUUGUGGCAUUCUCUAUUCCAAAAUGGUCUACUCACGAAAGUGGAAGUGAUGGACUUUGGCAGAUAUGUUAUAUAAAUGGUGGUAGUGACACUUGUGCUUUGUGGCCGGACUAUCUUAAAUCUCCCAACCAUAAAACAGUUGAGAUUGUGUCAUGUCUGGGACUAUCAUUCUACAUUUUGUAUGUCGUGAUGUCUGCAUUAACAAUAUUUUGGACAAAUCAAUGGAAGAAGGCGAGAGCAAUCAAAUAUACGACAGUUGUUCUGGCAAUUUUAGCAGUUGCUUUUGUGAUAGCGUGCCUGAUGAUGUAUAAGAGUGACAUAAAACCUGGGAAUAACACCAUAUCACUAUGCUGGUAUCUUGCCUUAGUUGGUACAAUUAUUGCAGCAAUAGUUAUUCCAUUUUAUUUAAUCGAUGCAUGCAGAUCGGUAGAUCACAAGAAAUCAGACAGGGAAAAAAUAGUUGCAAUUCCUGCAAUGCCAGCGUCUACAAGGUUUUCAACCAAUGAAGAUACCGAUACACAUAAUCAAGAUUACAGCACAUUUAACCCCAAAAGUAGUAGUCGACCAGCGUUAAUGAAUACACUGAGAAAACAGCCGUCAAAAUCGACCGGUAAAGAAUUGACAACAAAAUACAUAAAAUCGUUCUCUAUACCACCUUCAAAGACGAAAUUAUUGUUCAAACCAUCUCCAGGUCCAUACCAAAUGAGUCCAAACAGUAGUUCACAAAAUGACGCCAAAAAGUACUACGGUAAAGCCAAUGCUCAAAGUAGCUCUUUAGGAACGAAUGAUUCAAACCAAAAAGUGGAAUCAAGUGUUCCAGAACAACACAGUAUAUCCCACAACACAAAGACUAUCAACAAAAAUAGCAAGAAUAUGCUGCAAAAAAGCCAGAGUGAUAGUGUAAAGCGUCCGCCUGUCUUGAUGUCAAUAACCGACAUUGAAGAAAGUGGUGAGGAUAUGGAUGAUGUCUUAGUUGUCACAGAAAGUGACGGGAAAUCGCAAGUCUCGAAGUCUGAGUGGGACCAAAAGAAACCGAAGAUACCAUAUUCACAAUCCUUUUCUACUAAAUCAGUUAUAAAACACUUCACAUGGAAAAAAGAGUGUCUAAGUUCCCAGGAAAUGUUGACAAUACACAAUGUUGAGCCUUACGAGAUGUAACUGUGUGUGAAUAAUGAAAAUAUGUAGAUAUUAA